AUGCUCAGCCCCCUCCGCGUCCUAUCCCGCAAGCGCGUAUUCGCCUUCAUCCCUACGGGCAGCCGCCUGCUGCGGUACACAUCGACUCAUGCGCGGGUGCCCCCCGGGGGGAGUAUGAGUAGCCGCAACCGUGCGCCUUCGACCGCAACAAGCACGUCGCCGCCUCCGCGAACGCAGUCGGACCACGCAUCCGCGCAAAAGGUCGAGCCCACGACCGCGCCCGACUCCGCGUACUGGAACGACCAAUCACCGGCGACGAGCAGCUCGGCGCCGGGGACGCGGCCCGCGCCAGAGCCGUCCGAUAGCGGACUCACGGGGAAGGUCGAGAGCGUGGAGAUCAAUCUCGCGCCUGGGCUGGAGCUGCGCGGGCAUAUGCGCCAGGUUGUCGGUGCGGUGCUGGACCUGCUGCAGGGGAAGGUCAAUAAGCAGAAGAUGGAGCGUAGGUUCUGGGCGGAUGAUGCGGUGUUUGAGGAUUGGGCGAGUAAGGCAGUGGGCAUCGUGGAGGUCGAUGCGAAGUGGUGGGGCCUUAAGGCGAUCAUGAGCGAUAUCGAUAUGAUCGAACAUAAAGUCAUCUCGGUGGCGCCGAAGAGGGUCGACAUGGAGGUUGUGAACAAGUAUUCCCUGAAGGCCCUGCCGGGCGUGGAGAAGGAGGUGAGGAGUAUAGUUUCCAUUGAGCUUGAUGGCGAUGAUAGGAUUAAGCGAGUGUGUGACAAGUGGAAUGGGAAGCUGCCGGAGGGAAAGAUUUCGGAGUAUUUCCGACGGGCGGCGGCAAUCUCGACGGCGAAGGUGGUGAAUGUUCCCGAACAUAGCUAG